AAUAUCUUUUUGGGCUAGAUAAAAUAAAAUGUUUCCGACUGAUUUCUCGUGAUGUUUUCGUUGUCAUGAUUACUUAUUAACCAAAGCAUAAUAUAUUUUAUGAUUCGCAGUUUUUACUUGUAGAGGAAAGAUAUAGAGUAUCGUGCUAUGGUUUUUUGUUUUUUUUUUCUAUUAUUGUGAUAAACUUGUGGUAAACAUGUUAUAGACGAUGUCCAAUGAGCGAAAAAGCUGUAUAAGACGUUUUCGGUGGAAAAACGCACAGUACGUUGUGGCUCGCACGUACAUUUCAUAAUAGUACCUCUAAUACUUCGUAAUAACUAUAAUUAUUAUUAUUAUUAUUUUCAUUAUAUAAUACACGGCAACGAUGACGGCAACGACUCGGCGCCCGCGAUCGGGUUGGCGAACUCGAAAUGGAUUAAAAUUUAAAAUUAAACGCGCCGCGAGAAGACGGACGGCCACGUACGCGUGGUUUAUUUAUAAACGCCUGUCUGCCGGACGGGAGAGAACGACAAAACGCGACGCGCGCAGGCCCGACGACGGAUUCACGGCGGCGACUUGCAGCGGACCGCCGACGUCCGUACAGCCGCUGCAGCACCGCAUCAGUUUGUCUUUCGUGUUUGGAGCACUAUUGCGGAUAAAACGGAUUACGAAAUAGCAUUCGCCGCGUGCGCGCGUAAACUCAUAACCACGGUAUAGUAUCUAUACGCGCGGUAUCACCGGUGGCGAAACCGCGGUUACUGCAUUCGAUUACAGCGCUUCGGCGAAGACUUAAUCCUCCAUCUCGCCGCCGCCGCCGUCGAUACGACGUCGUCAUAUUAUCGUUUUUGAUUUUAAAUAUUUUAAUGUCGAUUAUUUCACAUACACCGCGGAUGUCGUUGCUGUGACGAGGACGAAGAGCUGCUUCCCGCAGAAAACUGCCAUCUUACGCGCAAAAACGAGGAGGCUUUCUGAUGACUAGGAGGCUUGCUGAUGACUAGGAGGACUUCUGACGACGAGGAGGACUGCUGACGACGACGAAGGCUGUUGACGACGAGAAGGGCUGCUGAGACGGCGACGAGAGGGCUGCAGCUGACGACAAAGAUGGCGGCCGAGGAAAACGGCCUGCUGUACAACAAGGCCCGGUCGGCGUCCAUAUGCGCGUUCGGUUUCCCACCUGGCAGCACCGAAUACCUGUUGGCCUGUGCCAAGGCGGCCGCGUCCACGCCUCCGCCUCACAGGCACGUAGGCGGCGCGGCCGCCAUAGCGGCCGCCGAGGACAACAAGCGACGUCGACCGGCCGUUCGGUCGCAGAGCGCCCGGACCAGCGGUGGCCGGUCGAUCCGGAAAAAGGCACUGGUGGCCGCGGCCGUGGGAGCCCAGCACGGUCAACAUCUCAGCGACAGCAGGUCGAGCGUCCGUAGUGGUUACAGCGACCCAAGGCUCCAUGAGUCUUCGCCCCAAGACGGAAUGGCGUUCAAACGGAAACCUUCUUCCAGGAAAGUCAACUCGAACCACAGGAAAUCCGGAGCGUUCUUAGACGUGCCGCCGGGCGAAAACAAAAAGCUCACGGAACCCGAAGAUCCCGAAAACUCGUACAGGCUUAGGUCGUUUAGUUUUACGUCAAAAGGUAUUGUGAACAGAGGAGAUUCGUUUCGGAAACGCCGGUCGAGGAGCAACAGCCUGGCCCGAGAAGACGACCCCAAGGAAUGCACGCCCCCGAUCCUGUACGACAAUAAUAGCCAGCAGGUGCAACAACAACAGCAGUUUCAGCAUCAGCAGGAGCAACAACACCGGCAAAACGAAUGCGGGGACGACAUAACUUCGCACACGGUGUCACUGAUGGGAUCAAGAGGAGUGGGCAAGACCACUCUCAUAAGUCAGUUUAUGACUUCAGAAUACAUAAACGCCUAUGAGAGGCAAAGAGACAACUACGAGUCGUCAGUGCAGUCGGUGUGCAUUAUGUUGAACGGUGAAGAAUCUGAACUGAGGUUUAUCAAUGACGGAGAAGUUUCGACAAAGGAAGACCGAGUGGCCGGGAGCAAACCCGCAGAUGCGUACCUGGUGAUCUUCUCGGUGGUGGACAAAAACAGUUUCGAAACUGCUGAGACGAUUCUGAAGAACCUCCGUGAACACGAAAUGUUACGAUCGAGACCAGCCAUAUUGGUCGGCAACAAAGUCGACAUGGCCAGGAGCAGAGAAGUGACGGCUCAAGGUGUUACUCGUUGAUGGGUGGGGAUAAAUGGAUAGCCCAGUGCGAUAGUUGUGUUGGUAGACCAAUGCAGUUACAAUCGUCAUCAAGUUUUGGUUCAAGACACACCGUGCGUUUGCAUUAGAGACAUUUUUUUUCAAACUAACAAUCAGUCAUCGUGUCAUUUCACGUGAGAUAACUGCACGAUCAAGUCCACCUGUAGCGGGAGGGGCCAAUGAGGCCGUGCCCCCUCCCCCCCGCUUUGCAUGAUGUACAUUUUAUGAACGCUUAAUUCACGGAUUUAGAAUCUAUGGUAGAGAUAAAAUAUUUUUUGUUCACUCAGCCUCCUCCCACGACACCCCCAAGAAAUAUUUGAACUUGGGCACUAGUUUUCCUUAACUUGAGAAAAUGACUUACCAAGUAUAUCCAGUUGAUAUGGAUAGUAUUUUAUCCAAUACAAACUGCAUUUGUUACAGAAUCUUGUAAGUACAAUACAAAUGUAAUUCGAUCAAUUGUUUAAUUUUUUUUUUUGCUUAAAAUCCAUCCGUUUUAUAUAGCACACCUUGAGUUAUAUACUUACUUUUAUAGACAAAAAAAAACUCGUGUGGAGGUUGCAUGAUAAAAUACAUCUGUAUGUGCGACUACAGACGCUCGCGAAAAUUAUUUUAAGUAUUUAAAACUAUUAAACAUAACAAUAUUGUGUAAAAACAGUUUUUUUAUAACAACAAAAUAUUGCCAUAAAAAUGUAGUGUAGUCUCUUAAAACGUAUCACCCCAUAUAUUUCAUACCGUCGUUUAGAGCCGUUGUUUAGAGUCGUAUAUGUAUAGUGUACAAAAGACCAUUAUUGAAACCAACAUUAUUAAAAAUGAAAAUAAUACUUGCGAUUCGCGAAUAUACAUUAUUUCAAUGGACAACAAUCGAGACAGUGUCCAAGACUCGCCUCUUAAUAAUAAUAACAAUACACUAUAUAAUACUAUGGUGCUUACUAUUGUUUAGUAAUUGUACGCACACACAAUAUUCAAGUGCGCAUUUCAGUAAUCACGUAUUGUAUAGGUUUGUCGAGUCAUCGAGAAAGAGAGGGAUUACAGUAAAGUUAUAUUAAUGUAGUUUCUUACCGAAAGUGUUCAGAUAUAAAAUCCUCGUUCUGUGAUAAAUCAAUAUAGGGAGGUAUAUUUUUUUUCAUCUAAAAAUCAUCGAUUAUCAACUAUAAUUCUAAGUCUAAAAUUAUUUUAAAUAUUAGGAAAUACCAUUGUUUAUGGUAUAGUGAUAAUUCCGUCGUCUUUACAACUAAUGGAAGAGUUUUAUAAAAAAAAACUUCAUAAAUGUCAAGUUGAUAAAAGGGAUUAUGGUGACAGGGAACAAGCGAGGAAAUGUUGUAGAUUCUUUCAUUACACAAUUUGUGACCGUCUAACGCCAAUGUAUUUUCUCCUAUUCGUGGGACACAUCAAAAAUGUUUCACAAUACCACAACACAAGUUUCGUUCAUAUGUAUAUUUUUAUAUUUUACUAAACACAAUGACAUUUUUAAACAUUUUAAGCUAUUACCUAUUUAUAUCACGCACCUAUUCAUAUAGGUACCGUUUUACGUUAAGUCGAUAUGAUUCAAAAGUUAAUGACAAUAAUAUUAUACUAUGAUACAAAUAUGAAUAUUCUAUGAUAUAAAAUUAUAAUAAUUAACAAUACAAUAAAUGCAAUAUUUUUAUCAAAAAUGAAUUUAACUUACCACAAUAAUUAGCAUUAUAAGUAUAGAGAUAGGUAGGCAAUAAUAAUAGGUAUAAUAUUGAUGAAAGUAAGUAUAAUCAUUACAAUAACAUGAAGUGACACAUUAUUAUGGAUCGAGAAAAUAUCCAAUCAUAUUAUUACUCUACAGGGAAAAUAUGUGCAUGCUUAGUUCCUUAUAAUAUUAUAAUAUAUGUAUAAGGUGACACAUAGUAUUUAUUAGAUGAAAAGAUGUUGGAUUGAAAAUCAAAAAAUUUUAACAAAGUAUAUAUUAUAUUUGUAUGGAAUCGUUUGUAAGGUUUAGACUUUAGAUGCUUGUCCGGGGAUGGUUGAAUAUAAAACAUAGAUGUAAAAAAUUAAAUAUUUACUCUUAUACGACUACUAUAACAAGAAGUUAAAAAUCAUAGAUACUCUCCACUUCCAAAAAAUAAACAGCACUUUGGAAGCCAUUUACGUUUUUACAGUCCGUUUGUUUUAUUUCUAGAUGCUGAAACGUGAUUCGCAAAUUUACUUUCAAACAGUCUAAAACUAAUUGUUUACAUUAUUCUUUACAAGGAGCAAAAGUUUCACGAUUAAAAAAAUUGUUUUUUUUUUUAUCGCGUAUUAUUCUUUAUCCUUUGAAACGCAUAAGAUGGAUACAUCAAAUCUUACAAGAUCGUAUAACAAGGGCGCUACGAAAACAUCCGGACGAGAAAUUGUGUUUUUGUUUAUUAUUAUCAUUAAAUAUCAUAUUUACUCAGAUUUUUUUAAAGCAAUAUCGAAUCGAAAACGCUUUGUUUGUCAUGCCUGCAACGAAAGUCUAGUUUUCGAUGACAGUUGAAGCGUUGGAAAGCGACCUUUUUCCGUCUAGCGGGCGGUAAAGUGGGAAUGCCCGUAGUGCCGGAUGGUAAAGUGGAAAUCCCAAAAAGUGCCGGGCGGUAAAAUGGAAAUCCCCAAAAGUUGAGCGCACGUAUCACGCGUAUCCUCUGCACAACCAGACACUAAAAUCUAUACCACGGUGCUUAAAAAACAUAGACUUUUGGUUACAUCUUAUAUUCAUAUUAUAACCUCCGUGCAUGACGCUUAAAAUAAAUAAAACCAAUUCGUUUCUCUCGUGAAAUAUUGUUUUCGUAGAAUUAUAGUAGUUGCAUAGAUCCCAGCCUUAAUUACCUUUGCCGUGUUAGCGUGAUCGAUGAGAGCAGAAACGCGAUAAAAAAAAAUAGUAUGUGUGGCAGUCCAAUUUCAGUUUUGGGUGAAAUGCGGCUCUCACCCGUGGCUUGUGCCACGCACACGUCGCCCGCGUCUGAAAUAGCUCACUUCCCGCCCUUGCCACACAAUAUACUAUUUCGCUGUCUAUUUCCCCCCUCGUUACAGCAAACCUAGUUGUUCUAACAAAUGGCCAACGUGCCAUAUAAUAGCCAAUUGAUAAUAGGCAAUGCCUAUACAUAUAAUUGUGUACAUCCCGCAUCCACCAACGUUUUAAUGUUCAUAGCCCACAUAAAUAAUAUUAUAUGCGUUCAAAACAUCAUCAGAAGUAAUUUUGGAAGAGAUAACUACCUACAUCUCCUCCGAAUACCGUUGGUUUUAGACGAAAAUAACCAUUGAAUACGCUCCGCUGUAUUAUAGUAGAUAUCAAGUGUAUCGGGGAACCUUGACAAUGAGCGUAGGUUAGUUUAGAAUUAGCAUUUGAAGUAUUCAAAUUUUUACGAAAUUAGAUACAAAAAAAAUCGAUUUUAGUUAUUUUGUAUUGUAUUUAUGUGGACUUGACAUUUUCACGUAUAUUAUUAAAUUUACUUUACACAGUGAAAAUAUUUCGAUUAAUUUUAGUCUGUUAAUAACCUAAUUAUACCGCACUAUAAUAACAGUACAUAACCUAUAUUAUAUUUACUUGAUUUAAAAAUGUAUUAGGUACCUAUUAUAAUAAAUAAUUAAUUAAUAAUAUAUGCGAUGUUUUCAGCAAAAAUUAUUUCAACCUACUACAUAAGUGCUUAACUAGGUAAUGGUAAAAUAAAUUACUAAUGGUAAUAUAAAAUAUAUAUAAUAAGAUAAAGUCUGACAGACAUUCUCCGUUAAGAAUAUUUUUCAUAUGCAAUGAUUAUUAAUUAUAUUAUCAUUGAAUUCAAAUUUAACACAUCCAUUACUGAUUACAGAAACCUACUCAAUUUCAGAAGUAGGUACUCUCGUUUAACGACUACUACUAUACAGCAGAACAAGUUCUGCGAUUAUUUUUUUUAUCUCAAUUAUUUUUAAAAGAACUUUCUUUUCCCUCUCAAAAAAAAAUAAUAAAUAGGUACCAACUAGAUCAAUUUGCUACCUGUAACCAACCUUUGAAGUUGAAGAUCGAAGCAUUUACCCGCUGUAAAAAAUGCAGCAUAAUACAGCAACAAAAAUUAUCAUACACAAUAUACACAUCAUUAUAAAACUAGUACAUUCAUCGCUCCACUCAGAAUCUAUAAAAGGCCUCUCGUUAAAUCGAGAGCUUAUAACGACGUUGAGGAGUUUCAGACAAGAUCAAUGCGUCACGUUCGGAGCGGUAAUCCAUUCUACAAGCCACACUUAUUUUGUCAAUUAUAAUAUUGUUAUGUUUUUAGUUUUGAUAAACAAAAAGCUAAGCUAUACAAGUGCUUAUAUUAUACCACAGAAGUAAAGUAACGUAAGUCCAUUUUUUAAAAUAUUGAGUUAAUUCUAUAAUCAGAAUAUCCUUUUUGUGUUCAUUUUAAAGGUAUUGAAACGUAAGUCCAAUACAACAUAAAUUCAUGGCUGAUAGUAAGCACUAUAAUAACUGAAGUACUAAACUUCGACGGGAGUAUUGAAACAUAAUAUAAUGUCCAGCGUGAUACAUAAGAAAAGUAAUAGAAAAUAAUAAUUUUGAAGUAUACAAUCGUAAGUCCAUUUCGACAAACAUUUUGUUUUGUCUCUCCUGUAGAAUUUGCUAUUUGUGACUUGCGUCACUUGACUUAUGUGGUACAGAGUGUUAUUGUUAAAACUGUUGUUGUGUCGGGUUUCUUACCUGCUACUGUUCCCAACAGGAACGGCCGAGUAUAGCUGAAUUCGCAUUAGGUUAUUACCUACCUUAUUUACUAUAGGAACGUCAACGAUACCGUAACGGCCGAGUGGUAACAACAAUAUAUAAUAUUAUCGUAUAUUAUAAUAUUGUAUAGAUCGUUUAAUAAUAACGAUAACAACAGUAAUAAUUAGAGAAUAUUAUAUUAUACGCGGAGAUCUCGCGCACCGUUAAUUAUUAUAAUAGCCAACGCGAGGAGAUUUGUGGAACAAUUAAAACCUAUACGCACGGCGGCGACCCGAAACAAAAGAAAUCGAUACGCACCCAACGGUAUAAUACAAUAAUAAUAUAUUAUUAUAAUAAUAUUAUAUUGUAUAGGUUAUUACUAUUAUUGGGUACCUAUAUAUUAUAAUCUCAAGCGCAAUUAACGGCGACGUCUCGAAUGCGUGAAAAUCGCACGUUCUACUACUCAUUCAGUACAUAAACAGCUAACCUCUCCAACCCUAAUCGAUCCUAUCUACUUUCGAUCAGUAUACGUCUCUUUGAUAUGAUGCUCACCCCCUUUUUAUUCUUAGACUAUGCAACUGUGCGUUUAUAGUAUUUUAUUCAUAUUCCUAAUGAUAUUUUAAUAUUUCAUUGCAAUUUAUGCGUACCAGAUUCGAUAAAAAUUGAUGUCAAGUGAAACGAACGAAUUCGCGUUAGUUAUAUAUCUAUAGGCGAUGUGUGUACUACGAUGUUAAUAAUGAUAUUUUUGAUUAAACAUUCAAAAUGGUAAUUACACGUUAAUAAUAAUAAUAAAUUAGACAACUUGUUCUCACGUUUUAAACAAUCAAGUUGUAAACGUUUUUCGGUUUUAAUGUUUUUUUGUGUUAUUACCAAUAAAAAUUUGUCAAGUUUUUAUAUUAUUAUUGAAAUAAUUUAAACACGCAACAUCGCCGAUAAAGUUAUAUUUACGAUUUCAAUUUGGUAAACUGCCGAGUGAUGAUUUUGGUUGGCACUAAACAUUUUCUUUCAAUCAUGUUAGUAUGUGUCACGUCAAUAGUAAUUACGGGCAUAAGUGACUAUACUAGCAAUUCGAUCAUAUUUCAUUAUUCUUAAAAAUUCCAAAAUAUCGUCUCUUCGAGUCCAUUAAAAGACUGGCGCCUACUGCCCGGUAUGGCUUAUGGAAUCAAUUAAAUGUUACAAAAGUCACAUACCUAUAAAAUGUGAACAAAAUCUUAGAUAGUGGUUUUGACAGGUCCAGAUUACAAAUAGGUAUAAAGUGUUGGGAUUGUCUUAAUUGAGAGUUAUAACUUAACUAUUUUUCUUCUGAUGUUUUGAAAAUUUCAAAAAGAGGUAUUAUGUAAACUAAAGAACUAACCUUACCCAUAUGUAAAAAAAAAAUAUUCAUUACCUUUGAAAAGUUAUAUAUUAUUAUUAUUAUUAACAACAAUAUCUGCUGCUGCAAUCUUACAGUCAUAAAUAGUAAAUAAUUUAUAAUACUAUGAUAUUAACUUUAAAGUUUAAAAUUCACAACCGUCAGCAAUCACAAAAAUCAACCCGCCCUAAGCGUUCAAAAAAAAUAACGAUUUUCAUAAACCUAUCCAAAAAAAAUGUUCGAGAAAAAAUCCACACAUUCCGAAAUUAAAAGUAGGUAUAUAGGUUCAAAACAAAAUAAAAAUAUUUAAAAAAAGUCUAUUGCUUUUCAAAAAAAAGAUGGUUCGCUCAAUGCGGAACUCUAUAAUAUUAUAAUGAAUCGAAAUUACGAUAAUAAUAAUAAUAUGUUUUCGGGAUGUUUUAUUAGGAUAUCGAUUGUUCGUUAUUUUUUUUUAUUGUUUUGAAACGAUAAUAUUUACUAUGGCAAUAAUAACAAUAGAUAAAUGUGUUUUUCGUUUUUC